AUGCCGUCAUCUACGACGAUUGGUACCAUUCUUGUGGUUGUGGUUGUAGGUACCGUCUGUGGUCUCGCGGGCCUCUAUUACUGGGGGAACCGAGGAAAGGGAUGGUCCGGUCCUAGCAAGCACACUUCACGUCGUUCUGGUAGAUCUCACCCCUUAGUUCCUCCGCUUAUAAUCCCCCCAUAUUGCAAUGGAACACUUUGGGCCCGAGCUAGCAAUAUUCCGCCCGAAGUGCCUUCACCAGCUGUACGCAAGACUAGCGGAAGACAAACGACCCUGCUAGAAGAUCGACAGCUACCACAGUCAUCUCAACAUGAUGGUUAUCGCUAUCCGCCUCAGCCUAUCCAGCCGCCGCUUGUCAAGCCACAGCCUGUCAAACCACAGCAGCCUCCCCAGCCGCAUCCGGUUCAGCCUCAACCUCCCCUUAGAAUCACAAUCCCACCUCCUGUUGCAGGAGGACUUUACGGCUUGAAAGGUGUAUUCCCACAACCGAAACGAGGAGGGAGAAGCCCUUGA